ACCUAAUACCUUUUGAAGAUGAUUUAUUAUCCUUGGAAUUAGAUAAUACAUUUAGGGAUCUUUAUCUGGAUGGUGAUUAUACUUCAAUUUAUUAUGUGGCGAGAGCGCUCAUGAAAUUGCAAUCAUCAUUUGGGCUAUUUCCAAGAAUAAUAGGCAAGGGGGAUUGUGCCAAGCAUCUUGCUGAUAUGCUCAUUCGUAUGCGUCGUGAGGUUGCUGUAGAUGAUCCAUCAUCUUCAUUAUCGAUCUCUCAAAGUGUAGAUUCACUUAUCAUUAUCGAUAGAUCGGUUGACCUCAUAACACCUUUAUGUACUCAAUUGACCUAUGAAGGAUUGAUAGACGAAGUAUUUGGUAUCAGAGCCUCACAUGUGGAGGUGGAUUCUUCGAUCGUUGGACCUGCGCCAACAACUACAGUAACAUCUACAACUACUAGCACUCCUUCUCAGUCACAACCACCUAUUCAACCUCAGUCAAAAAAAAAAAAAAUUGCUCUCAAUUCUGGCGAUAAAUUAUUUGCCCAAUUAAGAGAUACAAAUUUCGCAGUAGUGGGAGGUGUUCUUAACAGAGUUGCUAAAAGAAUAAACGAAGAUUAUGAGGAAAGAAAAAAAGCUAAAACUAUGAUACAAAUUCGUGAAUUCACUAACAGGCUGGGCAGUCUACAAUUAGAACAUCAAUCUUUAAAAAUUCAUACCGGUGUAGCUGAAGAGAUAAUGGCGCACACUGUUACACCAGAAUUCAAUAAAGCCCUAGAGGUGCAGCAAAAUUUGGUUGCCGGUAUAGACGUUAACACACAAAAUGAACACAUAGAGGAAAUGAUCAAUCGGCAG